GGCAGCUUUGCGGCAGGCUCCGGCCGGGCUUGCUUGACGGCGGUGUGGCGGAGGCCCCGCCCGAGGCGGCAGGAACCUGGAGGGAGGCGGAGGAAUAUGUCCGAGAGGGAAGUGUCGACAGCGCCGGCGGGAACAGACAUGCCUGCGGCCAAGAAGCAGAAGUUGAGCAGCGACGAGAACAGCAACCCGGACCUCUCGGGAGACGAGAAUGAUGAUGCUGUCAGUAUCGAGAGUGGCACAAACACAGAACGCCCUGACACACCUACAAACACACCAAAUGCACCCGGGAGGAAGAGCUGGGGAAAGGGAAAAUGGAAAUCGAAGAAAUGCAAAUAUUCUUUCAAAUGUGUGAACAGCCUCAAGGAAGAUCAUAACCAACCCUUGUUUGGAGUUCAGUUUAAUUGGCACAGCAAGGAAGGGGAUCCUCUGGUGUUCGCAACCGUGGGAAGCAACAGAGUCACCUUAUAUGAAUGCCAUUCACAAGGGGAAAUCCGGUUAUUGCAGUCCUAUGUAGAUGCUGAUGCAGAUGAAAACUUUUAUACUUGUGCAUGGACCUAUGAUAGCAACACCAGCCACCCUCUGCUUGCUGUUGCUGGAUCUAGAGGCAUCAUAAGGAUAAUUAAUCCCAUAACAAUGCAGUGUAUAAAGCACUAUGUUGGCCAUGGAAAUGCUAUCAAUGAACUGAAAUUCCACCCACGAGACCCAAAUCUUCUCCUGUCAGUAAGUAAAGAUCAUGCUUUACGAUUAUGGAAUAUCCAAACGGACACGCUUGUGGCAAUAUUUGGCGGUGUGGAAGGACACAGAGAUGAAGUUCUGAGUGCUGAUUAUGAUCUUUUGGGUGAAAAAAUAAUGUCCUGUGGUAUGGAUCACUCUCUUAAACUCUGGAGAAUCAACUCAAAGAGAAUGAUGAAUGCGAUUAAGGAAUCUUAUGAUUAUAACCCAAAUAAAACCAACAGGCCAUUUAUUUCCCAGAAAAUCCACUUUCCUGACUUUUCUACCAGAGACAUACAUAGGAAUUAUGUUGAUUGUGUACGAUGGUUAGGCGAUUUGAUACUUUCCAAGUCUUGUGAAAAUGCCAUUGUAUGCUGGAAACCUGGCAAAAUGGAGGAUGAUAUAGAUAAAAUUAAACCUAGUGAGUCUAAUGUGACUAUUCUUGGGCGAUUUGAUUACAGCCAAUGUGACAUUUGGUACAUGAGGUUUUCUAUGGAUUUCUGGCAAAAGAUGCUUGCAUUGGGCAAUCAGGUUGGCAAACUUUAUGUUUGGGAUUUAGAAGUAGAAGAUCCUCAUAAAGCCAAGUGUACAACACUGACUCAUCAUAAAUGUGGUGCUGCUAUUCGACAAACCAGUUUUAGCAGGGAUAGCAGCAUCCUCAUAGCUGUCUGUGAUGACGCCAGCAUUUGGCGUUGGGAUCGACUUCGAUAAACUAUUUUUUUCUAGUAAAAAUUAGAAUAUGUUGUCUUUGUAAAAUAGAAUUAAUGUAUCUUGCUAGUAAGGGCACAUAGAGCAUUUAGACUUGUGUUUCAGCAUUCAAUCAGGCUGAGCUGAAUGUAGUGAUGUUUACAUUGUUUACAUUCUUUGUACUGUCUUCCUGCUCAGACUUUACUGCUUUUAAUAAAAAUUUAUUUUUGUAAA